UCAACUAGGAUCCGACCCGAAAUCCAAACUCUUGACUGGAAGCCCGAAUUCGUGGCAAAACCCUCGACCUGAUAACCCCCUCUAUCCCUCUCUCUGUGAACUCCACAGCACAAGAAGGCGCCAUGGCCACAGCCAUUACUCUCCCUUCACCCUUCCCCCAAAUCCCCUAUUUAUCUCAUCGUACCUCACGGAUCCAAACCCGAACCCGAAAUCAGCGGAGCCGUCGAACCGGAUUCCCUCGCAUGGUCAUCAACUGGGCGGCGCCGGCUAGAAACGUGAGGAUCGCCGGCGAAAAGAUAUAUAAAAGGCUCGAUUCUUGUCUCGUUGUUCCGCCGCCGAAUGGAGUCAAGCCCCAAGCUUUCAUCAAGUUUCUCGGUGGCGCUUUCGUUGGCGCUGUUCCCGAGGUCACUUAUAGGUGUUUUAUUCUUUUCCAAAAUUUUUAUGGGCUAAGUGCAAUUUGAUGUCCUAACGUUUCACCAAUCAUCCAACUUGGUCAUCUGAUGGAGUUACUGGCGAAGGAAGGAUUCCUAGUAGUAUCAGUGCCUUAUAAUGUGACAUUUGAUCAUUCUGAAGCUUCAAGAGAAGUUUUUGAGAGAUUCCACAAUUGCGUGGAGGUUCUAUUGAAUUCUGGACUUCCUGACGCUAGUUUAUCUGCUUCUGAUGUCAUCAGCCUCCCUUUGUACUCUGUUGGGCAUAGUAAUGGGGCACUGCUUCAAUUGCUUGUCGGGAGUUAUUACUCAGAAAAGAUACCAGAGGCCAAUGUUAUUGUCUCUUUUAACAACAAACCAGCUUCGGAGGCUGUCCCAUAUUUUGAGCAGUUUGGUCCUGUGGUUAGCCAAGUGAUGCCUAUGAUGGAAGCAAAUCCCAUGUAUUCCUUGGCUAGAAAUGCUUCAGGUAUCCAUCUCGGUCCUACUUGUCUUCUGAUUUUUUAAAAAGUAUGCACAACU